AAAUAUGGCUGCUUUUAGCACCCUUGAGCUCAUGCUUCAUGAAGUCCAAAACCAAGAACAUAUUGGUCAUCAUGAAACGAUGCCCGUGUUGCCGCAACGACCACUAUCCAAGGCUCGGAUACCAUCCAAACGAGCUAGAAGGGCAGCUUUGUCAUUUCACUCCCAACAUUUUCGUAGCGAGAUUGAAGAGUUUGUGGAUGGCAAGAGCAGAAGAGAUGGAUUUGCAUUUCUUGAUGGCCAUGGGGGCCGUGUUCUUAGUAAGGAUGAUGUGAAGAAUAAAGAGGAAAAAGCAGAGAAGGGCAUAAUAGUAAUUCAAAAAUGUUUCCGGGGGUACCUAGCACGCUUUCAUUAUCACAAGCUUAAGAGAGGGAUCAUCACACUCCAAUCAUUUGUUCGUGGCGAAAAUGCAAGAAGAGAUUUCCGGAAAAUAGCAAAAAUGCUCAUAGAAGAAAACGUUAAUCGGGAGUUUGUGUGGAAACCGUUAAGGGAUCGGGAGACAACGAUCGUAUAUAUGCAAUCAGUGGUUGGAAGUUGGUUAAGUCGAAGACGCCAUGGCUAUAUCGAAAAUGGAACCAUCGAGAAUACUACGGAACCGAAGGGUGUACACGAGGAGGAUAUAGAAAGCAAGGAAUAUGUGAGGGUGUCAACAUCCUACAUUCGUGAUCUCGAACAAGAAGUUUUGAGAUCGGAGGCGGCUUUACAAGACAAGAAACGCGAGAACGCGAUCUUGGAGCUCCGAAUUCAACACAUCGAUAAGAAAUGGGAGUUGCACAAGGCUAAAAUGAAUUUGAAAGAGAAAUCAUGGCAAGAUGAGUUGACCUCUAUUCAAAUGAGCUUAGUUUCAGCUCGAGAAAGGACGACGGAUGAAAUAACCGAUCAUCUUCCUCGAAAUCCGACUAGACAACAAGAAAUCGGCAAAAUGGAUCUCACGAUUAGAGAGAUACUCGAGCUGCAAGAAAACGAUAUGGAAACGGACUGCGGUUUCCGUCUGAAGUCAAGAAAAUGUCAAGAACACGAGUUUAAAAAGUUGAAGUGUCGAUUUAAGGCAUGGCAAAAGGAUUUUAAAGCUCGAUUACACGUAAGAAGAAGAGUUGAUGGAUUUGAUGAUGAUUGUAGAACACAAAGAGUUCAUAAAAGGUGUUGGGUUAAUUAGUUGAUUAAAAAGAUUUAAACCAUAUAUGCUAUAUUGAAGCAUUCUUGAUUAAGAUAUAUAUAUA